GGGAUUUGUGGAGCAUAUCUCCACUUGUCCCAUCUUGUCCGAGCUUUCUUGGAAGGCCUUGUGUAAGAGCCUUCCACCUUUUUGAGAUUAUUUAUCGUAUUGCUUUGGGCAAUGCAGUUCCUCAGCUUCAACGAGGCUGUUGGUGGGAAAGGCCAGAUCACUGGCUUGCCUGAGGAAGACAGCGACACUCAGAAAGCACUGCUGGACCCAAUGCCUUUAAAAGACACCUGGGUUCUGUGGGAGCAGGCUGUACCUGCGGGGGGCAACAGCUUCCACGAGUCACUGAAAAAGAUAGUCGGUUUCAAAACUGCUCAGGAAUUCUGGAGCAUUUGGAACGGGGUGCCCCAGCCCAGUGAGCUCCUGGAGAACAAGCGCAUCACCAGAGACAAUCCGGGUAGCGGCUCUCAACCAACAGCCAUUGAUGCCAUCAUGAUCUUCAAAGAGGGUGUCAGACCUGAAUGGGAAGAUCCACUCAAUGCUAGUGGCGGCCAUUUUCAGGUGCAGUUAAAGCCCAGUACUGGUGGAGCACAGAUAGAUGAAUACUGGAACAACAUAGUUCUGGGCAUGGUUGGAGGAACAAUUGAUCCUUACGACAUGAUCACAGGAGUACGGCUAGUGGACAAACUUUCUGGAGCAAAGGCAGCUGGCAUUCUCAGGAUAGAGUUGUGGUUCACUAGGUAUGAAGACAACCCCGCAGUCACAACACUCAAGAGAAACAUGGAAAAAUGUCUUUGUCAAAAGUUGGAUGGCUCAGCGGGCCCCACGGUGCAGAAAAUCGAGCUGAAAGCUCAUGCUACUGCUGGAAAGCACUGAGCGUGGCACACAGCGAUGCGUCGAUUUUUCUGCGGGCUUUUGCCAUGGCAGCUGGAAAUGAUCAUAUGACCUCCAAC